AUGUGGACGCUCGGGCGCCGCGCCGCCGCCUGCCUCCUGGCCCGCUCGGCGCCCGGGGGCUCAGCCCGGGCCCGCGCGGGGGCCCCGGAGCCGAAGAGGGACGCCCCGCUCUACGGCCGCCGGGGUCUGAGAGUCCGGACGGCCGCAGCCCACGUACCCAGCCACGCUAGUUUGUGCGGCCACCGCCUCGGUCAGACUGUGAAGGUCAAAAAGCAGAGUGUCUGUCUGAUGAACAUGAGGACAGCGGGGACUUUGGGCGACCCUGGCUCUCUGGAUGAGACCACCUAUGAAAGACUGGCAGAGAGGACACUGGACUCCUUAGCAGAGUUUUUUGAAGACCUCGCAGACAAACCUUACACACUGAAAGACUAUGAUGUCUCAUUUGGGAGUGGUGUUUUAACAGUUAAACUGGGUGGAGAUCUAGGAACCUACGUGAUCAACAAGCAGACCCCAAACAAGCAGAUCUGGCUGUCUUCACCAUCCAGUGGGCCGAAGCGCUACGACUGGACCGGGGAGAGCUGGGUGUAUGCCCACGAUGGCGUGUCCCUCCACCAACUGCUGACCACCGAGCUGACGGAAGCCUUGAAAACCGAAUUGGACUUAUCUUCUCUGGCCUAUUCCGGGAAAGGCACCUGACGCCCAGCCCAAUUCCAAAGACAUUAAAAGCUGUGAUGCCCAGACCCCUCCUUCGUCCUGCA